AUGAGUGAACAAGAUAUUGGUGUUGUAUUUAAAAAUUCUGCAUAUGGUUAUAAUGAAACUUUUAAUUUACUAGAUACCGAUUUUAACGUUGCUUCUGCCUUACCUGAUGAAGUUUCAAGGAUAUCUUCAACACUAAGUGAUGUUAUUGGAAUCGAUGAAAGUACUUGUAGAAGAUGUUUGGAAGACUUUUGUGAUGGUACAUCAAAUAAUAGAGCGCAAGUUGAAGCUUUCUUGAUGGCAGUUUAUUGUCAUAAGUUGGCUCAAAUUAAACCUGAUGAAGAUAAAAAUCCAGUAACGUCCAAAAUUCAAGCAUAUUUUGGUUAUUCUUUCACUCCUGAGAUUGGUUGUCAAUUGGAAAAUGCCUUUUGUAAAUUAUUACUUACUGAUUUUGAAAAAGUUUACAAUGGAAGUUGUAAUGAGUUUUUUGAUGUUAAGGUUAGAAGGUUGUUGAAAGGAAUGUCCUUUAUCAUUGUACAAUGUUUUAUAAAUAUUAUGGUUGAUGAAGUAUUUUGUUUUUCACUGUCAAAAAAUGUGUUUGUCGAUGGAUUUAUCUAUCAAUUAUCAAAGAUAGAUAAAGAACAAGAAUUUAAGUUACUUGUAAAGUUUAUGUCUGAGCAUUUAUCUGACGAGUUUAUGACGGCUUUUUUUACACCAAUUUUUCAAAAACUACGUAAACUUGCUAUUGAUAGAAGGUCAACUAGACAAAUUGCUUUAACAUCCACACAAGUUGUUCAUGCAGAAUUACAAUGGUUUCCCUUAGUUAUUUUUUCAAAAUUACUUUUACUUGAUGACAAUACUAAAAAUCCAUUCAAUAUUUUUGAUGUUGUUGUAAAUCAAAAAAAUUUUAAUUUUGAUUUUAGUCAUAAAGAUACGUCAUGUUUUAUGGCUAUGAAUACAUAUCUGGGUCCAUUUUUUUCAUUAGGUAUUUUUGAGAAUGGUGAUAUAGAAUGCUCUAGGGAGAUGAAUAGAGUUUUUGAAGGGCAAGAAGUUGAAAACAUAUCUAAUUCUGGUCUUGCUCGUCAAAUUCGAGAUAUUCACUCAAACAUACGAAGACAUCUUCUUAGUAUUUGCCAAGCACUUGUAACAAAAACAACUACAAGACAAAUCAUGACACAAUAUUUGGUUGAUGUCAUCAUUGCAACAGAAGGUCGUGGUAAAUAUCACUUUGAAAAAUCAGAACAUCUUGGACAUGUUUUUAUGACUAACUUUUUACAUGUUGUUAUUAGUUUAGCAUCCAAAGUUCGUCUUGACAAUUUAGAUUUCAAUUAUCUUGCAAAAAAAGGUUGUCAGUUGCCAGUACAUGAUUUAACGAAAAUUAAUAUGACAUCACAGGAAGCUGAUGAAUUUUGUAAACAAUUUGAUGAUAAAGAUGAGAAAUUUAACUUUAAUACUACAAUAUUUUAUGUUGCUAUUUAUGCUAUUCAUACAGGUUUUCAACCUCUUAUUAAUGAAUUUACAAGUUGUAAAAGAGAUUGGGGUUAUGUGAAGAAAGAUCUUAGAAAAUUAAGAGAAGCUUACGAUAGGGAAGUUGAAAGAGGAGCUCAUUCAGAAAUUAUUAGAUCAUACAUGCAAUUUAGAAUGCAUGAGGAAAGUACAAAACAAUUGAAGUAUUGUUUAAUGUCUUCAAUUAUUAUGUUAUAUGAUCAAGCUAUAACUAGAGUACUUGCUCCAUUUAUGGACAAGUUAAGUCUUUUCCUUUUAGAUGUACUUCAUCCAGAAGCAAAGAAGAAUUUUAUACCAGAUAAUGCCAGUGAUUUAUUUAAAUUUUUACCGGAAAUGAUUAUUGAACAUAUUCUUUCAAUAUUUCAAUUUAUGGAAACUGAUAGAUCUGGAAAUGGUUAUUGUCUUCCUCUUGUACAAAGAUUUUUAAUUGUCUUAUCAGUUUCUCCACAUUACUUUAAAGCACCAUUUAAUUAUGCAAAGUUUUUAGAAGUUAUUGUUCAGUCUUGGAGUCAUGCCAGGACUCAAAUGUCUGUUAAUUAUUAUCAACAAAUAUUAAUCAAUAACUCAACAAAUUCUAAAAUAACACCAAUUCUUCUUAAAUUCUAUUGUGACGUUGAAUCAACAGGUGCUUCAUCAGAAUUCUAUGACAAAUUUAAUAUUAGAAGGUGUAUUCAUUUUAUUUUAGAACGUUUUUGGGAACAUGCUAAUCAAAAAGCAAUGCUUAUCAAAGCUAUGAACAGUACUUCACAAGAAAUGUUACGUUUUGCUAAUAUUGUUAUUGGUGAUUCAACAUUUCUUUUUGAUGAAGUUGUUGGUGGUAUGAAAAAAGCGGUUUCAUUAGAAAAGGAAUUAAUUGAAUUAAAAAAAAGUAGUCAUAGAGAUAAUGAUGAGAUAAAAAAUAAACAAUCAAAGUAUGACGAGGCUGUACGUGGUGUAACUUCAUGGAUACAUACACUAUCUGAAUCAUUAGAUUUACUUAAGAAAUUAACUGAUUAUUCUCCAAAAGUAUUUAUGAAUCAACUUAUUGGAGAACGUCUUGCUGCAUUAUUAAAUUAUAACUUAGUUGAAUUAUCUCCCCCUAAUCAUUUAGCGUUUAUAUCUGAAAAAAAUUUAGCAAAUGAAUUAGGAUUUAGCGGGCGGGCUUUGGUAACUAAAAUUAUUGCUGUAUACAACGCCUUAAAUACACAACAAUUUGCUAAAUUUGUCGCUUUUGAUGAGAGAAGUUUUACUUCAGAAAAAUUCAAAACAAUUUUUGAUGGAAUUAGAAAUGUCUUUGGUAUAUCUGGUGUUUUGAUGGAGAAAUUUUCAUUGUUUUUACAAAUUGCAUACAGUGAAUAUGAUUCUAAAAUGGAGGAAGAAGAAGAUUUUGGAGAUGAUGUUCCAGAUGAAUUCCGUGAUCCAGUUAUGGAUAAUGUUAUGUUAGAUCCAGUUAAGCUUCCAUCUUCAGGACAAAUUAUGGAUAGAAAGAAUAUCAUUAAACAUUUAUUAAAUAUUCAAAUUGAUCCUUUUAAUAGGCAACCUUUGAAGCAAGAAGACUUAAUUCCGGUGCCAGAAUUAAAGCAGAAAAUUUCAGAAUGGAUACAAGAGAAGAAGAAAGCAAGAAAUCAUUAA